AUUUACUCGCUGGUUACAUCAUAUCUCAUCUUACGCAGUAUGGCAGCAUCUCGAUACAGGAAAUUUCUCCGCUUGAUGGAAGAUUGGCCUGCAGAUCCAUCAAAAAGGGGUAGAGAUUUGGCAGUCGCAAUUCGGGAAAGGGUCGCACAUGGGUUCAGGAGAGGAGAAAACUCUGAGAUAAAUGAGAAAGAAUGUGACAGGAUGUAUGAUGCCCUUAACAAGAUCCACACAGAUUUCUUCAGGGAAAAGUACCCACGACUAAAAGAUUCAUCAGCGACGGGAACCUCCGUAGAAAUUUGCCAUAUGGUGAUGGCUACAGAUACCAUCACUGAAAUGGAGAAUAUGAAUAAGAGUAGAUGGCAGAAGAUCAAGGAGUCAAUGCCCUGGAGUUCAGCAGGACCAGGGGUUGACAAAAGCUGAGACACAAACAGCAACUGACCCAAUGAAGACUGUCAGGUUCAAUCCCUUGGAAGAUGAUGAGAUGGGCAUGUAGCUGAACUGUGUCUUACAAAGCAUGGACCAGCUGACCUUGUCAUAACCUUGUCUCCUGUGAUGGAAACAUUUCGAUCUAUCAGAGGUCAUCUCCAGUUUUAAUGGGAUGAAUUAACUUUUUGUCAGAAGUAUUAUGAAAGUGUGCUGUUGACGGUAUGAGAGGUAUACUGUGUAUUCUAAAUGUUGGCAAAUCAUCAUAUGAUUCUCCAUGUAUAAUUCCACCAUACCUGAGAAUUUUAAAUGAAAUUGAAUCGACUUUCUUACGAAGCGAAAUAAUAAUAGAUAUUUACUGUACACCAUGCACCGCUUAGUCUGCAAAGUCUUUGUUUUGAAGGUGUGUAAACAUGAUUACAACAUAAUGUAAAAAGGUUUUUGUAGAGUGGGUUUCCCUUUGACUUUUUCUGGUGUUUAUUUCUGUUCAAUGUUGAGUCCACUCUGGGAUGGAAAUCUUCAUCUUCCCCAUAAGAAACAUACCGGUAAUUGUAAAUAUUUUCUAUUAAUGCAGCUCUGAAUGUAGGUAAUAUUUUUCAUCUGUUGUAGAGAUUUUUAUUUUCUUUUGUUUAUCACCGUUAAUGUGCAGGGUAUGUUCAUGCUUGAAACAGAUUUUUGGGGGGCUCGAACUUGCCCUGCUCUUUUCACUAACUGCUGUUAUCAGUAUUCUUUUGCAUAUGCAGGAGUUUAUUUUAUUCCCUGUAAAAAAAAAAUUUACGGUAAAUAUUCCCUAAAACCCCUUCAUCCCUUUCUGUCAAUAAGACCCUUUUUCAUUUAAAUUAGCCAAUAUGUAACAAGACAUCAAUUCUAUGUUUCUGAAACGUUAACUUUAAAGAAUAAAUGCAGCAAUGAGGGAGUUGGUGUCAAGUAAUUUAUUGUCCUAAUUGGAUUAAGAGAGGGGGGUUGUAUGAUUUUUUUAGUGUCUUGAAGAAAUGAGAUAAAUAAAGGAAACACUUCAUUCUGUUGAUAUAUGAUGGAUGGUGUAUGUGCUCUCUUCAAUCAUGGGCAUUGGUGAGAAUGUGCAGUAUUAUUCAAGUAAUGUUCUUCCUAUUAGUAUUUUUCUCUCGUGUAUAUAGAUCUGACUUGAAUUUAUUAAAUUAUAUUGGAUAGAAAAAAAUAAGUAUAUUCGUGAUUUUCAUUGCCUGUGUUUACUUCGCACUAUUCAGUGUCAAUUAUAAAUUUAUAUGAAAUUAUUUAUUGUUAGACUUUGAACACAUGGUUUAUGUGAAUGCUAGGGCCAUCGAGACUGACAUCCUCAAUGCCCCUCAAUGGAUAUUACUAGUGCCCUUCCGAUUUUUUCCCUAUCUGUGCUCCAAUUUAAAAAUUUAAAUUUCAAGAAGUGGCUUUGCCCUCAAAAUAUUGAAAUUUAUGGACUGAAAUAAUGAAGUUUCAUGUUUUACAAGUACAUGUAUAACAUGAAUGAAAAUGUUAAAAAGCAGGGGACGGUGAUGACGUGAAUACUGCCAUACAUAGAAAAUAUUUAUAAAACACUGUACUAUUAGAUCCUUUUGUUAUCUCCCUUCCCCUCAGUUACCAGGUCCAUUUCUGAUAUUCUCACCUUUUUUCUGUCUCACUGUCGUUUUAUUCAUUGUCUUAUCUCUUUUUUAUUCAAUUUUCCUCUCCCCCUCUAUCAUUUUCUCAUACAAUCGGGUACAUGUAUCAAAGUUGAGUACACCUGUUCUUUAACAUUUUCAUGCAUCCAACUUCAUGAUACCAAACCUUUCCAUACAUGUAACACACAGAAUAUUAGAGAAGCAAGCAAGCUUCAGCAAAUUUCAUUUAAAAUAAUAAUAGUAUGCAACAUUUACAUAGCGCUUAAUACAAAUGUUUCUUAGCGCUGCAUUCUAUUACCCCGGCUUUAGCACGGCUACCCCGAUUGGGCACCGAGAUAAUGAUUCAUAGCUUAAUAUAAAAUUCUUUAAUCCAACUUUCACUCUCAGACUCGUUUCUUCAAAUCCAGCCUAAAAUCUAGAACAUGAAUAGGCAUCACACAAUGUAAUACAUUAAUAAGAGCUUUUAUUUGUUAACUAAAUAAAGUUAAAUAUUGCGAUUUUCAAAUAUAAUGAGCAUAUGUGUGAUUAGAUUUUACCCAUCAAACUGGCCAAUACAAGUUAUUGAAGUGUUAAGAUGUCAUCAAAGUAAGGAGGCUUUAGGAAAAGAAGAGAGAAAGAGAGAGUAAAGGUUUAAGAAAAGGAAAUGAUGUAGCAGUAACAUCAAAGAAAUCGGACUAAACCAAUCAAAGCAAUUAUGUUGAUUGGUUGGUCGGAGUCAAUUUCAUUGGCGCGACUUUGCUUUCUGCUUUAUGGUAACUCCCGCAGGAACUCGGCAGGACAGCAUUUUGCUGGUAAACGCCGAGCUGGUAUAUAACCAAUUACCUAGGAAACACUUUACGUCUUGAUUAAUCAGUCAUAGUGGCUGACGUUAUAGACGACAGAUAUCACUCUCGGGCCUUUUUAUCAAAGUGGCGAUAAUGGCAGAGUUGGGAUUCGAACUCGCAACCUUGCAAUUAUGAGUCCAAUGCUCUAACCACUGGACCACAUGACCCUUGGGCAGAGUGAAAGAAAAAAUGAAGCAAGAUAAUUUUUUUUGUGUGUUGUACUCCUACCAAUGAAAUAAACAAUAUUUUUUCAAAUAUUUUUUCUUCUAUGAUUUUUAAGAGGUUCAUUAAGCUUGCCAACUGCAUAUAUCCACAAUGUCAUCACAUAUUCACAUAGGUAAUAUCAAUACACCAAGGUAACAUCAAGAAAUUCAUUUAAACAUGUAAUACAUGUAUAUACGUUUGGAUUUGAAUGAUGGUACAACAUCCAUCACAAUGUUAUAAUGCAUCCAUUGCAAAUAGAUAUGAAGUGCAUAUUAUACUUUAUCGAGCCUCUAAAACUGUUAAAUCAUAAAUGGCUCUGGUUUCACUUGGCAGCCUUGCAAAUCCUCAGAAUAACAGCAUCGCACCUACAUGUACAGGUACUGCAAUAAUACAAUGGCAAAUAGAUUUCAAUAAGUUGAAGUGUGUAUGUAUACUUUGCAGACCUCUGGAAAUGUUCAGUCAUAAAUUGCAGUACUUUUGUAUGAGAAAUAAAAGAUUGAUUUUCCUUCAGAUUCAGAAUUUGAAAAAUUCCUUCAAACUUAAUCUUAUAGUUUUAUGAUAUCUAAGAAAUGCAUUAUAAAUGUGUACCCAUUAUUUUCACUUUUUUUUUAUUUUAACUUUACUAAAAUUUGAUUAAAUUCUUUGCAGACUACUGCCUCCUAUCAUAAAAAAAUAGACAAAUCCUUCAUCUUCUUCAACAUUGUACCAAAUGAAUUGACAAGAAGGUUUAAUAGAAGAAGUCACCACCACUAUCCCCCCCCCCACCCCAUUGUUAAUUUAAGCAUGUUCCCAGCAGGGUUUAUGAUUUGAUUAUAGUGAGAGACCUUUGAGUUGACAAAUACCUUUUUUUUCAAAUUAUUUAGAAAUCCAUACAUACAUGUAACCAAAGUACAAUAUCUACAAACUACAUAUACAUGUUCUACCAUUGGUUAUAAGAUGGUAAAUUUUACAACAUACCAACAUUACAUUUUAGGCUAAAUGACAU